GUGGAAAUAAAGGCUGCUAUUUUUUUCCCCUGGGAUUUAUUUCAUGGGGAUGUGUUCAAGACAAGAGAGGAUUCAGAAGGAUAUUGACGUUGUGAUCCAAAAGUGCAAGGCGGAGAAGGACUGCCUGUUUGCAGAUUUCAGGUACUCAGACUCCACCUUUACCUUCACCUAUAUUGGAGGCUCCAAAAGUGUGUCCUAUUCAGUGCAUGUCUCUGAGGAUUACCCAGAUAACACUUACGUUUCCAGUUCUGAUAACGAUGAAGAUGUGUUAGUUACAACAGAGCCAAUUCCAGUAAUUUUCCACCAAAUUGCUACAGAAUUAAGAAAAACCAGUGAUGUCAACUAUUGCUUAUCCAUAAAGUCGAAAUUACAGCGGGAGAAUGGAGAGGAGUCACGGCAUAGCAGCACAGUUGAAGAAGACUCUGAAGGAGAUAAUGACUCUGAGGAAUUUUAUUAUGGAGGACAGGUUAGCUAUGAUGGAGAACUUCACAAGCACCCACAGCUGGAGGCCGAUUUAACAGCAGUGAGAGAGAUCUAUGGACCUAAUGCAGUAUCUCUCAGGGAAUAUGGAGCCAUUGAUGAUGUAGAUAUUGAUCUACAUAUUGAUGUUAGCUUUCUUGAUGAGGAGAUUGCUGUGGCUUGGGAUGUAAUUCGCACAGAGCCUAUAAUAGUGCGACUGCACUGUUCACUUACACAGUACCUAAAUGGUCCAGUGCCAACUGUGGAUGUAUUUCAGAUCUCUACUAAGGAAAGAUUUGGUCUGGGACAUCAGCUGAAAAAAAUCAUGCAGACAUUUGUUACACAACAGUGGAAGAACAGUAAAGAAAAAUCUAACUGUACGCACAAUAAAAAGGUGUCUGACAAAAAGGUGAAAUCCCCUCUGCACAUCUUUUCUACAUUGCGCAGGCACAGAAUUUCAAAGAGAAAAGACAUUAGAAAGCGUAAGAAAGAGUUUAUGAAUAGUUUGAAUGAAUUUGAAUUUAAUACGAUUUCUGCCAGUUGCUCAUACUCGUCGCCAAGUUAUCCUCCACCUGGCUGUGGUAAAAAUAAAUCGAAACUGAAGUCAGAACAGGAUGGCAUCUCCAAGACUCACAAACUACUGAGGAGGACUUGCUCUAGCACAGUGAAGGCAGAGGAUGCGUGUGCCACAAAAUCUCACAGAACCUUUGGCCGCUCGUUAUCGAGUGACCCGAGGGCUGAACAGACAGUGGCUCUUAGAUCGCACAAACUGCUGAGUCGUGCUUGCUCUGCAGCUGUCAAGCAGGAGGAGUGCAUCACUUUAAAGCCCCAUAAGGUGUUAAAUAGGUCGUGCUCUGGGGAUCCUCGAUGUGAGCACAACAGCACCUUGAAGCCCCACAAACUUUUAAGCAGAUCCUACUCCAGUAACCUUAGAAUGGAAGAAUUGGAUGGAUUGAAGAAUCACAAGUUGCUCAGCAAGACUUACUCCAAUGCCCCUAAAUCAUCCAAAAUGGAGCCUUUCAAGGAGUCCACCAUGGCAGAGAGCAGGAGGCUCUCUCUUACCUCAGGGCUUAUUGGUAUCUUAACACCAUCCUCAUCAUCACCUUCACAAGCUGCUCAAAAUUAUGGUGCAAAAUGCAUUCCGGUGCGAGAUCGUGGCUUUCUUGUGCAGACUAUUGAAUUUGCUGAGCAGCGGAUACCAGUAUUGAAUGAAUACUGUGUAGUUUGUGAUGAGCCUCAUGUGUUCCAGAAUGGCCCUAUGCUGAGGCCCACUGUUUGUGAACGGGAGCUCUGUGUAUUUGCUUUCCAAACAUUAGGAGUGAUGAACGAAGCUGCUGAUGAAAUUGCAACUGGGGCACAGGUGGUUGAUCUGUUAGUAUCUAUGUGUCGGUCUGCAUUAGAAUCACCUAGGAAAGUUGUCAUUUUUGAGCCAUAUCCUUCUGUGGUUGAUCCUAAUGAUCCUCAGAUGCUGGCCUUUAACCCCAGGAAGAAGAACUAUGACCGAGUCAUGAAAGCAUUGGAUAGUAUCACUUCCAUCAGAGAGAUGACACAGGCACCUUACUUGGAAAUAAAGAAGCAGAUGGACAAACAAGACCCGCUUGCACAUCCUCUUCUACAAUGGGUUAUUUCUAGUAAUAGAUCACAUAUUGUGAAGCUACCGGUGAAUAGGCAACUAAAGUUUAUGCACACUCCCCACCAGUUCCUUCUUCUCAGCAGUCCACCAGCCAAAGAAUCCAAUUUCCGAGCUGCUAAAAAUCUCUACGGAAGUACCUUUGCAUUUCAUGGUUCACACAUUGAAAAUUGGCAUUCCAUCCUGAGGAACGGCUUAGUUGUUGCUUCCAAUACGAGGCUGCAGCUCCAUGGUGCAAUGUUUGGAAGUGGAAUCUACCUUAGUCCAUUGUCAAGCAUAUCAUUUGGUUACUCAGGGAUGAACAAGAAGCAGCAGAAGGUGUCAGCUAAAGAUGAACCAGCUUCAAGCAGUAAGGGCAGUAAUACAUCACAGUCACAGAAGAAAGGACAGCAGUCACAAUUUUUGCAAAGCCGUAACUUAAAAUGCAUAGCCUUAUGUGAAGUGAUAACCUCACCUGAUCUGCACAAACAUGGGGAGAUAUGGGUAGUUCCCAACACGGAUCACGUGUGUACAAGAUUUUUCUUUGUUUAUGAAGAUGGUCAAGUGGGUGAUACAAGUAUAAAUACACAGGAACCAAACAUUCAUAAAGAGAUUCUUCGAGUCAUUGGCAAUCAAACUGCUACUGGUUAAAAGGACCACUCUUAUUUAAUUGAUGUGAAGCCUUCCUCAGUCUCAAAGCUGGAUUUUGAACUGAAGAAGAUGCAAAAAACUAAUUUAUUAUUACUACACUAAGCAAAUUAACCAUUUGAAUACUUACUGUUUUCUUACUUAGUAUUUCGUAUCUCAUCAAAAUACCUGAGAUGGUAUCAAUUAGCAACUGUAGGGGUGCAAAGUCUAUUAUUAUACUAAAACAAUUAAUAAUUAAACAGGCAUUUGAGUUGCUCACAAUAAACAGACAUUAAAAAGGACUUUUGUGCUGAUAUUUUUAUACUAAACUUCAAUUGGAAGUUUUAGUACUGUAUACUGGUAUUUUAAAUUUAGAAUGACUGAAUUACAAGUAAGAGAAGAUUUUAUAGCGGAGCACCUGUAUUAUGCAGGAUACUUUGCAAUAAGUAAAAUAUUCUCGUAUUAAAACACAAUAAAAGGUUGUAUGGAACAUGUAAAAUUGAAGAGAUUGGUUACCUGCAGCUAUCUUUGAUUCUCUUUAUUUUACACAAAUGCAGUUAGCAUUUAGACUCGAAGGUGAAAACAACAAUGCAUUUUUUUAUUUACUGAGUGAAACAAAGCAAAAUGAAUGUGAUGUUAUAUGUUCAGCUUUCUUUAUCUUCUCUGGAACACUGUCCUACCCAUUAAGCAGCUCAAUUGCAUUUUUUUUUAUUAAACAAGCCUAGGAACACCUGGAAAACCUAAAGCUGUUAAUUUCCUUUUUAGAAUUUUCGUUUUUAUAUACUAGAUUUUACAAUUUCAUUAGAUCAACAAAGUUUUUUAAUGUUUGCAUCUUAACUGCAGUAAUCUUCAGUGAAACUGCUCUGUGAUGAAAUUUAUCCACAUAUUUUAAAGUUUGUGCUGAGUUAAGGCUUUUACAUGGUUGAGUUAAUUGUUGGUGCAUCAGAAAAUAUAUACAAAUGCAAAACUCUACUGAUUUUGUCUUGGUAAAAUAGUUUCAUUAAUUAAUUUCUACGCCAUAAGAAAUCAAUUUAAAUAUCUCUCUUUUAAAUUAACAACUGUUUUUUCCAAGUGAGUAGGAUGGCAACACAGAUAGAGAAGGGUCCAGUCUCCAAGACAAAAAGCAUACCCUGUGCCCUGGUGAAUGCCCUUGGCAGCCCUCAUGGUGGCUAUCCUGAAGCAUCAAUCACACCCUUGAAUGUGGAGAGCAGUUCAACUUACCCAUCUGAGCAACUACUACAAGCCACCUCAGAAAGCAAAAACAGACUGAAACUUCUCUUAUGUUACUUUCAUAAUAAAGAUACUAAAGCACCAAUUAACAGCACAACAGAGCACAGGUGUGUUUGUUUCUUUUAAACAGAACUGAAUUAGAUAUGCUGUAGUGGGUGAUUCCUUCUUUCUCUUUCAUGCUACACUCCUGUAUUACUU